ACAUGCUAAUUCACGUUAUAUGUAUAAAUGAGGUCCCAGUGACCGUUUUUUCACUGGUGAAUUGACCCUUUGUGUGUUUUCGAGUUGUAUCGCCUAAAAGCAUAUUUUAUUCUCCAAAGCGGUUCAUAUUCUGCUCAAACACACUUUACAAAUUCCAAAUUAUAUAUGGACGGUAGAAAGAACGGGGCAUGGUCCCCCGUAAAGGAGGAGCCCAUUGUUUCAGAUGAUGAACUAAAUGGAGAUGACUUGGAAGAGAGGAUGGGCUAUAUUAAUUCUGAUAGUUCUGAAGAUUUGAACAAUCCGAACCAACCUCUCCUAUCCCAGAAUGAUCAGAGUUCAGGAGCAUUUUUUAUGAAACUGAUUGUAGCAUCUUGGAUUCUUUUAACUCUUUUGGCUUUUGUAUAUCGCAGAGAAUUAGCGGCACUUGUGCGAAAAUUAGCUAUAAAGGCCGCUGAACAAGGAAAUCUUUUGUAUCUCUAUUAUAUUUUAAUAUUUACCUUGACGGUUCCGCUAUUCAUGUCGAUUGAGGUAUUUGUGGUCUCAGCAGGAUUCGUUUUUUCUCAUAUUCAUGGGCAAUGGAUUGGUGUAGUGAUAUCAGUCUUGACAAGCUUUGUUGGCUAUGUAGCUUCCAUGAUUAUUUGCUUCUUUGUCUCACGAUAUCUGAUUUACUCAUUUGUAAAUCGUAGACUUCGUAGACAUCGUUAUUAUUCUGCAAUUAUGAGAGCUACAGAAAGAGACGGAUUCAAGAUCGUUACGAUAAUUAGGUUUUCACCAAUUUUGCCCGCAGCUCUUUGCAGCUAUAUAUUUGGAACUACAAAUGUAUCCUUUUGGAAUUUUACUCUUGGCUCAGUUGGAUCCCUACCUUCUCUGGUAUUUCUUUCAUAUUUGGGAUCACUUCUGGAAGACUUGGCAUCAAAUGAUAAAAUUCAUGGUUUCCGGACUGCAUUAUACAUUACAACUUCUCUAGUUGUUUCUCUAAUGGGAAUGUUUUACGCUACAAAAUUGACUCAGAGGCAUUUGCCCGAGACGGCUGAAGAUUAAAUAUCUAAGAGCCUUU